UAACAAUUCUAGUCAAUGUUCAAUUUUUCUCUCUCACUCCACACAAUCUUAUCGCUACUUCGCAUUCUCGAUUUAAUCGCCUUCAACAACCAGCUACGAUUUGUUGACACAAAUUCUCCCCAACGUCUUUAAUUUUUCAUAACUGAUCUGAGACGGCUUGCUCAACAGCUAUGGAGAUUUGGUUGAGUUUAAUUGAUUCUCAUUAGUGUUGGCCAUGCUGCGGUUGUUUUCGGCGGUGAUCUGCCUCUCCACAGAGGACUCCUCCAACUCCGUCGCAGACAAUUAUCGCUUCUCUCAACUCAUUUCUACCGUUGCUGUUUCCGAAUUCGCUCUAGUUUCGCUGGUUGAUUGUACUCAAUUUAUCGAUGGCUGCUCAGAGUCACGGCGUUAGUCCUAGGGGCCUUCUCUGCAAUGCUGGCGCCGGCGCUGCGGCUGGUGCGAUUGCAGCUACUUUUGUAUGCCCUUUAGAUGUUAUCAAGACUAGGUUACAGGUCCAUGGGCUUCCCCGGCUUGCAAAUGCUAAUAUCAGAGGUAGUGUUAUAAUUCAAAGUUUAGAACAGAUAUUUCAGAAGGAGGGAUUACGUGGUAUGUACCGAGGACUCUCCCCUACGAUGCUUGCCAUGUUUCCAAAUUGGGCAGUGUAUUUCACUAUUUAUGAACAAUUAAAGAGUUUACUUGGUUCCGAUGAUGUAAAUCAGCAGCUCUCUGUUGGUGCAAGUAUGGCGGCUGCUUCUGGUGCUGGAGCUGCAACAGCAAUCACGACAAAUCCUCUUUGGGUUGUCAAAACAAGGUUUCAGACACAAGGGAUGAGAACAGGUGUGGUGCCGUAUAGGGGUACAUUAUCUGCCUUAAAAAGAAUUGCACGUGAAGAGGGCAUUCGUGGAUUGUAUAGUGGACUAGUGCCAGCUUUGGCUGGUAUUAGUCAUGCUGCUAUUCAGUUUCCAACAUAUGAAAAGAUAAAGAGUUAUCUAGCUAAACAAGGUAACACAUCGACCGAUAAACUCAGUGCAAGUGAUGUUGCUUUAGCUUCGUCCGUUUCAAAAAUAUUUGCUUCGACCUUGACAUAUCCUCAUGAGGUUGUCCGUUCAAGACUUCAAGAACAAGGUUACCAUUCCGAGAAGCAAUAUUCUGGCGUUGUCGACUGCAUCAAGAAGGUUUUCAAGCAAGACGGCAUCCCUGGUUUCUACCGGGGUUGUGCCAUCAACCUGCUGAGGACGACCCCAGCUGCUGUAAUCACAUUUACCAGUUUUGAGAUGAUUCACAGAUUUCUUGUUACAUUGUUUCCUCCUGAUCAACACCCCCAACCAUUGAGAUGAUCAGGGUACGUCGCCUGCUUCAACAGACACAUUGUUUCUUAGCAGCAGUCCUAUAUAUGCUGUGCCUAGGAGCCCUCAUUAGUGAUUGUUUCUGUAUUCUUAUACUUAGGAAGACAGUUUUUUCUUAGAAUGACAUUGACGAUAAUUACUUGUACAGAACAUCAAUACGACGACGUUUGCUGUUCUUUCGUUACUGUUUGCUGUAUACAUAGAAGUUUAGUGAUAUUUACCAAAUGGCCUUGAUGGAUAUUUGUGGUCUUUGAUUCCUUAGAGUCCAAUUAUUGUAUUCAGUGUUGUUUUUCAUCAUCAGUUAUUUAUAGCUUUGUCAA